AUUUCGUUAAUCGUUACCGCUACCGUACCCGUACCGAUCGCUGCGCUUUCAGUUUCAGGUUCAGUUUCAGCUCCGUCACUUCCAUCCAGAAACAAAUCCUACGAAGUCCAACGAAGCCUAAGCCUCGAAUUUGAAAAGGCCUGGAUCAACACGUGAACACCGAAUUGAAUUUGGGGUUCACGAACUCGUUUUCUUACCAUUCAUCACCUCCAAUUUCCAAAUCUUGCACUGCUCUGUCCUGAGGAAUUGCCAUGCCGAAGAACAAGAAGAGUGAUACAUCUGACUCGGAUUCCGGUCCUGAAGAUAGACAACCUGCGAAAAAAUCCAAGACCUCUGAAAAGAAGCCUCAAAAAAAUAAAGAAGAAGAACAUUCAUGGCUACUAGAAAAGAUGAAAUUUGUGAAAGUCAGAGAGUUCAAAGGCAAAGUUAUGGUUGACAUCCGAGAAUUCUAUGAGAAGGAUGGUGAUCUUCUACCAGGCAGAAAAGGUAUAUCUUUAUCAGCUGCUCAAUGGAAAAAGUUAGUGGGCGUUGUGGAUGAAGUCAAUGCUGCUAUUGACGAGUAUUAAAACUUGUUUUCUUCUUUUUGUUUAUUGAACUUUUAAUUACCUUCUCAUUUGUAAGUUGUUCCGAUGUAUUGUAAUUGCAUUGUACUAUUUUAAACAUUUAGGUUUGAAGUCUUUUUUAAACUUAUACUAAGUUAGACUUAGCUCCAAUCAUCAGACUAUUCAUGGCUCAGUUAUCCAUUACCAAUUUGUCAAUUUUUUAUCAAUUUUUUCUGUAAAACGUAGACACUAAAUUUUUACUGUGGGAAAAAAGUUAAAUUAUUUAAGUAAAAUCAGCUCCUAUAAUUCUUUCUCUGUGUGUAAUUUAUAUUUUGCAAGUCAGCAUGACUUAGCCCGGCCUUUCUCAUCUGAUGGUUUUGUCGAAAGACAGUUUUUUGUAUUUUAAACCCACUGAAUGUUCAAUUUUUCUAUUUGUAAGCAGUCAAAAUCAUUCAAUAAAUUUUCUGGGCUGGUAUGUAA